AUGUCCGCCGUUCGCAGCGCGUCGUCCAAGGUCGACUGGACCAAGAUUUACUCGCUUGGCCUUAACAAGGAGACCGUUACCGAGCUCCAGGCCUUCCGUGCGCGCAACACUGCCGCGUCGAACAAGAACGCCGCCGUCAAGGCCUCGAUCCCCGAGCUUGACCUUGCUUCGUACAAGUCGGUCCUCAAGGACCAGCGUGCCGUCGAGCUCGCCGAGAAGGUGCUUGCUGGCUUCAAGCCCGUGACCUACGACGUUUCCAAGUGGAACGGCGUUGUCGACGCCUUUGAGGGCAAGGCCGUCUCGGCCGCCAAGGAGACCCUCACCAAGGUCUCGGCCGAGGAGGAGGGCCUCAAGGCCACCCUCGCCAACAUCCAGAACGCCCGCGCCUUCGAGGACCUCACCGUCGCCGAGGUCGGCGCCGCCCGCCCCGAGAUCACCAAGGCCGUCGAGACCAUGAUCAAGAAGGGCAAGUGGACCGUCCCCGGCUACCGCGAGACCUUCGGCGAGCAGUCGCUGUUGUAA